AUGUCAGCUCUUCAGAUCCACGUACUCACCACUCACCUCACACUCACUGAGUUGCUGACAGCUGACGCAUGCCGGGGGUCUCUCGGGGGGUCUCGCAGGGUGGACCUGAUCCACAAGCGCAUGGUGACGGAGGAGAGCGGGCGCACGCCGUCGGAGGCCAGCGCGAGCAGCGCCGGACUGCAGAGGAUGGUGCACCUCUCCACCACCUCGGACGACUACUGCCUAGGCUUCAACAUCCGCGGGGGCAAGGAGUUCGGCCUGGGCAUCUACGUGUCCAAACUAGACCCUGGGGGUCUGGGCGAGCAGAACGGCAUCAAGAUGGGCGACCAGAUCCUGGCGGCCAACGGCAUCAGCUUCGACGACAUCAGCCACAGCAGCGCGGUGGAGGUGUUGAAGAGCCACACCCACGUCAUGCUCACCAUCAAGGAGACGGGACGCUACCCGGCCUAUAAGGAGAUGGUGGCCGAGUACCGGUGGCUGAACAAGCUGUCCAACGGGACGGCCCAGUCCUCGUCCCAGGGCUCCGGGUCCACCUCCUCCGCCUCGUCCCUGUCCUCGGGCACCCCGGUCAGCUCCCUGAGCGGCCUGUCCCAGGUCAUGUUCCCGCCCAGCCUGCCCUUCAUGGACAUGGUGGACGUCUGCAUCUCCACCGAGGACCAGAGGUAUGAGUCCGGGCGCACGGAGAUGGCCAUCCAGACGGACCACCCGGACACCAGCCGCAGCCUGGGGGCCACCACCCUCCUCAAGGACACCCUGAUCGGGGGCCCGGGGGACGGGGAGGGGGGGGCGCGGGGCAAGAGGGAGUCCACCAAGACGGCGGUGCUCAUGGCGCUGAGCCGGCCCACCCGCCCCAUCAGCCGGUCCCAGAGCCAGGUCACCGUGGCAGAGAUCAACCAGAAGCAGGACAAGAAGAAGCAGAAGAGCCAGGUCUCGGAGGAGAAGAGCAGCACGUUGCAGCGUUCCAAGACCCUGAUGAACCUGCUGUUCAGGGGCGGCCGCAAGAGGGACGCCUCCGGGGGGCGUUCCAAGUCCCCCUCCAAAGACGGGGCCGCCGGGGGCCGGGGGCCCGGCGGGAAGCCCGACCCGGCCAUGCUGGGGGCCGUGGAGGACAUGUCCCGCAGGCUGCUGACCGAAGACGAGGUGGCCUCGGUGAUGAGGGCCUGCCGCAAGUACGUCGCGGUGGAGCGGUCGGUGGAGAACUUUGUGCUGCACCUGGUGGAGGUUCUGGACCGUCCGGAGAAGCUGCUGCUGCUGAGGGAGAUCAGAAUGCUGUUGGCUCCUGUCGACCUGGAGCCCUUCAACGACAUGGUGACCCCGUUUGAGGUGGAGGCGUACGACAUCCUCAAGUACCGCUCAAUCAAACCCACGCCGCUGCGUUCCCCAGCGACCGGACGGGCCCCCAAGAGACACCUCAUCACCCCCAUCCCCGACUCGCAGGGCGGCUUCGAGCUGUGCAGCUCCCGGGAGGUGGAGCGGGAGAGCCACCUGCAGGAGGGGCUGGGGCGGCUCCGGGUGUCCGGGACCUCGCGGCGACGCAGCAGGGAGCGGCCGCACACCUCGGGGGCCUUCUCCCCUCUCCUGGACAUCCCCCUGGACAGCUACGCCCUCAAGCCCAGACACGACCCGUCCCACACCGCCGCCGCCUCCACCUCCUCCUCCUCCUCCUCUUACUCUUCACCCCGCCCCCCGCUGCCCAACUGGCUGUUGGCCCACGGCGCCGAGGCCCGGGUCCCGCCCCUCCGCUCGGGCAUCAACACCAUCCGCUCCGUGCACUUCGACGAUGAGGCGCCGCUACGCCCGACCGCGCCGGGCCGAGAGGCUCAGGCGGCCGUGACGGAGCGCGGAGGGUCGGCGCUGAAGAACGGACACUCCGAGAGUCGAGGUGGAGGAGGGGGAGGGGGAGGAGAGAGGGCUGGAGACGCUGUGUUCACGCUGCCCAGCGGGGGAGCUCCCAGCAGGAGGCCGCUGCUGUCUCAGGUGUUCUCCUCGGGGUCCAGGAGGCCAGAGGGAGGCGAGGCAGAGACGCUCGCCCCUGAUGCAGCUCCUCAGAACGGACUCAACGGCACCGCUGCUGGUCAGGAGUAUGAACUGCAGACGGUCAGCAUAUCAAAGACCAAGCAGUCGCUGGGCAUCAGUAUAUCAGGUGGGAUGGAGUCCAAGGUCCAGCCGGUGGUGAAGAUAGAGAAGAUCUUCCCUGGAGGGGCUGCGUCCACCUGUGAAGUCCUGAAGGCUGGGUUCGAGCUGGUGUCGGUGGACGGGAUCACCCUGCAGGGGGUCACCCACCAGCAUGCCGUGGACAUCAUCCGCAGAGCCUUCAGCAACAAGGACAAGGACCCCAUGCUGUUCAUCGUCAAGGUCCCCAAGGGCCCCGUGAACGGAGAGUGACGCUCCAUGACCCAUGGACACCAGCAGCGGUUCGGAUAGACCCUCCGGUCCCCUGGGACAGGUCGGUCCACCCGGCAGAGCUCCUCCGAUAGAGAAGAGACUGUGCAGUCUGGGGUCAGACAUGUCUUUACUGACACGCAAUAUUGAGGCUAGGAUUGGAGAUGGACACACGUCUCUGCCGUGGCCCAGAGCAGGACACCUCACCCUAACUGCACCCACAUGAUUGGGUGAAUGUGAGGCACUGUUUGUGCAUUGCUUUGAUUGGCCGCAAGUUAGUAAAGUGCUGUAUGUAUGCAGUCUUUUGACCAUGUGCUGAACAACAGCUCAAAGAAACGCAGAUGCGGAUUGUUUUUCAAUACCUUGUCUCACCUGAAGAGGGCGGUCUUGUGCCUUAUCGUUGGAAUGAUGACGGCAUGUCCCACAUAGUUAUGCAAAGCAAGAAAUGACUGCAGUAAUCCACGGUGUUUUGGCCGGAGAUUCCCAUAAAGAAUGGCCCGAGAAACGGGAUCUUUGAGGAAUUUUUUUUUAGGGCCGCUGGAAGGUUAAUAUCAUUAGAGAAAUCAAGUCAUUGUUAUUGAUGCCUUAACUGAAAAAUAUGAACGUGAUAAUUUAGAGACAAUGUAUGAAUAUGAACCGUUGUCACUGGAAACCUACAUUAUUUAUGAUGUCUGUGCUUGAAACAAACUGCUUUAACAAGACCAAUUUCUUUCUUUUUUUUACUAAAAGAAAAAAGUCUUAGCACUGACAACAAAACUAAAAGUGAAAUAACGACCUGCCUGGGGAGUUUCAUUAAUUAAUUUUAUUCAAAACAUAGUAACUUGGUUUUCCAGAAAUGUACAGCAUGAAAAUAUACAUUUAAUGUCUUCAUACAAAUACUGUGGAUUAUAAAAGUCUAAGGAACCAGCACAGAAGCGGUCACAUGUGUUACUUACUGGCGGAGCGAACAACAGGGCACGGAACAUUGCUUUGGUCUAAUCACAGUGGCUAUGCAUUGAGAUGUACAACAUCUCUAUAUGACAACUGGGUUACAUCACCAUCAAGGACUUUGUUGUGAUAGGGAUAUCUACAGUGAUCUAUGAACAUUACACUUCGGUUACCAGCGAUACAGGAACGUGUGUGUGUGUGUGUGUGUGUGUGUGUGUGUGUGUGUGUGUGUGUGUGUGUGUGUGUGUGUGUGUGUGUGUGUGUGUGUGUGUGUGUU